AUGUCGUUCCCGGGCCUGUCACCAACACUCGCAGCAGCAGCGGCUGCCCGGCGCGCGGAGCGGGAGAAGGAGGUGGAGGCUGUGCGCCGGCGCGUGCGCCAGACGAUGCCGCCUGUUCCCGAGCUGCGCUUCGAGGUCGCGUAUCUCAAGAGCAUCCUGCCCGCCGUGUCGCCGAAGCGGAGGGCGGUCAUCACCGAGGAGAAGGACGGGAGCAUGCGCUUCGACAAGCCGUCGAACCAGGAGACGGCCGUUGCGAUUUACAAUGCGGAGCCGGUCGUUGUGGAUUGGGGAAGGGUGCUGGCUGUGACGAUCAAGGAUCAGAUCAUUUCUCCUUUCCUGCAAGGCGUCUUCUGGGGUCUUCUCUCCGUUACAUUGGGCUCCGCGGCGACAUCGCUGAAGGGCUCGCUCUUCGGGCACAAGGUGCAGAUCAAGGCGCCGCAAGUCGGCGACGACGGGCGCGAUGCGGCCGGUUUCCGCGCCGGAGGCAAGGUUGCCGCCGUCAAGGCUGUUACGGACACGUAA